AUGACAUCUGAACGCAUCGAUAUUAAUACUACUACUGUCACCGAACUUAGUACUGAAAAGGCCACUUUUGCUGCUGGUUGUUUCUGGGGUGUCGAAAAAGUCUUCAGAAGAAACUUUGGGAGUAAGCCUGGAUUCGAUGCUCGUGUAGGAUACAUUGGAGGAAAAUCAGAAAACCCGUCAUAUCGUGAGGUAUGCAGCGGCACAACAAAUCACGCCGAAGCAGUACAAAUCACAUUUAACCCCGAAAACAUAUCCUACGAAACACUAGUCGAAUUCUUUUAUAAAAUCCACGAUCCGACCACACAAAACCGUCAAGGUAAUGACACCGGCACACAGUAUCGAUCUGCGAUAUUUUAUCAUUCUCCGGAACAAAAAGGGAUCGCGGAACGAGUCACAAAUUUCGUUCAAGAGAAAUCGAAUAACGAGAAAGAGUUGUAUCAAAACCGAGAGAUCACUACUGAGAUUUCUGAGGCGGGAACAUUUUAUAACGCUGAAGAUUAUCAUCAAGAUUAUUUGGUGAGUUUUUAUUGA